GACAUGUGUCACGUGACCCUUAAGUUUCGUGUUGACGUUCGCAAUAGUUAGUUGUGAUACAGAAGGCGUCCAGCAACACAGGAAUGGGUCAAGAAGCAGGCAAGUCUGCAUGGCCCAAACCAACAGGAGGAUACCAGACCAUCUCAGGCAGGAGGUACGGCCGGAGACACGCGUAUAUCAGUUUCCGGCCAGUUACAGAUAAACAAAGAGUCGCAUCCACUGUGGACUGUCGAAACAUGGAGAGGACGAGAAGUCAAAAGGACCCGGCAGUGGCAUCAAAGGGCAACAUUUCUUCAGUGCUUCAGAAUAUCCUGCCGACAGCAUGCACAAAUGCAGUGCGCCCUGAGUUAAACGCAGCAUCAAAUCAGGAGGGCCACAGCAGGAGGCAGUCUUCAUUGUGUAGAGUCACAAAAGCCCCCUUAAACCAUUUCAAGAGACCAAAGAGUGACCAGGUUGUGCCAUAUGACAGAAAAUAUUAUUCUGGCAUAGAAAAAAGCGAACAGGCUAGAGUGUGGCCCAUCAGUGAUGACCCUAAGCCCAACCCGGAAGCUCUGAGUUACAUCAACAUUGACGCCUAUGAGCCUGACAGCAGCGGGGCUGAGGAGGAGGACUCGAGUUUAAAUCCAUCUCCGGCUGCUCAGAAGAGACUUGAUGGUAUUUGUGAAUUGGGUGGAAAUUCGCUUGAUCAUCCUAAUGUACCGAUAUUUUCAAAAAUAAGGAAACAUUCAGUGCAAAUGGCACCUUCUAAAAGCGCGACAGACCUUUGCUGUGAGCAACCAGAUUUUGAAAGAACUGUAAAAGCAAAUAGGAAAGUUAGUCCGUUGUUGGUUGGUGAAGACCAAGCUCCAAAAUGUCACGGGGUUACAGCCAGCUUUGUACCCGCUUCCUAUAAAAGCACAGGAAAAACCAACCCCGAAGAAACAUUUCAGUCCGAAAUGGUCGUGAGGCCAAAGAUCCGCAAACAGACGAGCGAGACUCACCUUGAAAGGAGGAAACGUUCAGAAAAAGAGGAAGUAAGCCAUUUGUCAGGCGCAGCGGUCAGAGACAAGUGUGGCUCAGCACCUCCGGGUUUCCUCACACAAACAAGCCCUGAAAAUGAGUCGCUCUUUGACUUUCCACCCAUGGCCUUGAGUGACCUCAACUCUGAGGACAGAAAAAAUGAGGGUGACGAUAACGCCAAAGUAGAUGAGGAGGAGGAUGAUGAGAUCUGGGAAGAUCUGGAGAAAUUUGGAGAAAAAUGUGACCCAUCUACAAAGGGUGAUGAGAGGUACAUUUCCCUUUUUUCCGCUGUCUUGUGUUUGUGUGUGGUGUUCUUCAGGGAGCAGACCCCUCUGGAGGAGGGCGAGAUCCCUUGGGUCAUGUAUAAUGAGGACUCGGGCAGCAGCAGUGAUGAAGACCCUGAUGGUGUCAGUCAGUUUGUGCACCCUGGACUCUUUAUCCUGGAUGGCAACAAUAACCUGGAGGAUGAUUCCAGCAUGAGUGAAGACCUAGACACUGAAUGGAGGUUUCUGGAUGAAUUUGGCGAUGGUUUUGGGAUGGCUCAAGCAAUCUCUUAUGUGGAUCAUUCCCAGCUCCUUACAUACAUGGCGUUAGAGGAGCGUCUUGCUCAGGCUAUGGAGGCAGCACUGGCUCAUCUGGAGUCUUUGACUAUAGAUGUGGAGCAGGCUCAUCCCCCCGCCACCGAACAAAUCAUCGACUGCUUACCCCAGGUCACCAUCAAUGCCGAAAACAUUGAGCAGGAGCAGUGCUGUGCCAUCUGCUGUUGUGAAUACGUCAAAGAUGAGAUUGCAACCCUGCUGCCGUGCCGCCACAUGUUCCAUAAACUCUGUGUCACUCUCUGGCUCAGAAAGUCUGGCACAUGUCCAGUGUGUCGUCACGUUCUGACCCCGGCAGUGAGCGAAACUGCAUCUUCAAAUACUGAACAAGAAACGGCGCCAUCCGGUCACAGCGCGUCUGGGGGAACGUGUUGAACGUCAGUCAUACACCCAUCAAAACAUCCCACAAAGAAACACUUCAAUAAUAAAUAAUCAGUCUCGCAAAGAAAUGGCAAGCGGCGGCCCUGGACUAGCAUUCAGAUUCCAUUUAACCUAGUGACUUGUGCUGCAAUUCAUGGUCCAAACGUGGCGAACUAAAACUUAUUUUCUAAGAAAAUAUGAAUACGUAUAUAUUCAUAGGAAGCAUAUUUAUUCAUGUUUCAAUUACAAUGUUUUUGUACAUCCAAGCUAAACGUAAUUACAUGUCUUUAACUUUUCACGUCAUGUCAAGUAAUACUCCAAUGCAAUCCCUCAAUUAAAGCUCACAUUUGGUUCAAGUGAUAAUUUCUUUGCUCAAUUCAGAGUGGCUUCCAGGUGCUUUCCACCCUGAACUCUCUCCAGAUAUCCAUUCAGAGUUAAUUCAGUUGCUAAGGCGCAUUUUAAUUCCAGAUUUAAGUUCAUGUAGCUGGAUAUGAAUGAUAAUAGCUGUGCGAUUAUAUUUCACUGUGGUUCAUAAACAUAUUUGUAUAAAUCAUCCAAAUGAUGGCCGCUGAAUAGGUAGUUUUCACAAAUGCACCUUCGGGAGCAAUAUGAUUUCCAGAAGACUGUGUGCGAGAGGCUGACAGUCUGAACU